CGUUUCUGUAACUACAACCCUAUCAAAGCGACGGAUGCGAAGUAAAAUAUUUAUUUCACUAACUGUCCAGUUAUAAGAAUAUAUUAUCGACUGACAGUUUCUUUUACUAAAGGUAUGGAGGUAGACGGGGUGGAAGGGGUGUCGGUCUUGGGUGAAGUGAACAUGCAGCAGUUACGGCUAGUCACAGGUCACAUUUAUGGAAAAACAAUUCAGACAAGUGACGGAAGCAGUAUCAUCUCCAUAGACCCAUCUCAUACCGCGUACAGCACCCCUAUUGCCAUGGAACAGGUCAUCAUAGAUGCCUCCUCUCUGUCCCACAACCACGUGAUCAUCACUCGAAACUCGGGCAUCCAGAGCACGGACGAUGAUUCGGACACCGACGUUAAUGAUAAGAUUGCUGCCGGGAUGUACAGCUAUCAUGAAAUUAAAACGGAGGAGCUCUCAGAAGAUCUGGUACCGGAUCGGUUGGAUCGAUUGAGUCAGAGCAUUUCACAUCACGAUUAUAUAUCAUCUUCUGUUCCAAUUUUAUCGAGAGCCAGGCCCCUGGAGCUUGGUGUAUCUAAGAACAACUAUGUCCCAGUGGAGAAUGGAAUACACACUGAGGGUGCAAGUGAUGGCGGACUGGUUAUUGAAGAAGCUGUGGAACAAGAAGUCUUAACGACUUCCACUAGUUUGGAGGACGAAGAAAUUGUGAGGAGCAAGCCUUUGACUGCCAUGUACUUACAAAGCAAAAUUCCAGUAAGUGAUUCAUUGUACGGGUCUGUUGCUCGAGACAGACUGAUAAGCACGCCAACAAAAUCUCCCGGCAGUUCUAGGUUUACUCUAAAGCCAUCUUCGAGAACAAUUGGCAUGGAAUAUGAUGAUCUUCGGUUGUACCCUGUGGAUGACUUGUACAGGAUGAAGCACGGAUAUGGAGACCAGGUGAGUGUGUAUCAUCCCAACACUGGGGAAAUAACGUUCAGGAGUGUAGAGACUGAUUAUGAGUUGGACAAAAAGUCACCCAGCGCUAAAAGAUCUGUUGAAGCCAUUCUAGCAGCGUCUGAAACCAUCAAGAAUCAAGACAUUGCAUCUGAAAUAGAAAUAGGCACCUGUGAAGUGGAGGUGAGUCCCUCAGGGAGACGUGGACGGAAACCAAAAUAUCGGACAGACGGUAUUGAGGAAGACAUAGAGCAGAUAAAGAAAGCUUCAAAGGAUGUAGGUUACACUUUGAAAGGUAAAGGUUUAAAGCAAAGAAAAGAUGGCAAAAAGCGCAAGAAGCCAAGAAUCAGGUUGACAUUAACUAAAGCUAAGCAUCGGCAAUUGGCCAGUAGGGUCUAUCUGGAUGACGCUGAGGAUGAUGAUGACGAUGACAAUAAGGAAGAAUACGAGCCUAUUUCUGUAACGAAAUCAAAACGAGGGCGAAAACGCAAAGACGCUGUAGAGAGCACAAACAUUAUUUAUCAAUGUGAAUACUGCGAAAAGCAGUUUAAAACAAGAGACAAGGUGAGGGCUCACACGAAGAUUCACACGGAAGAACGUGCGUUUGGUUGUGACAUCUGUGGUUCAAGUUACAGACGACGUGAGCAUCUCAUUCGCCAUUACCGUCGUCACACGAAUGAUCGGCCGUACGAAUGCAUGGAGUGUGGAAAGAGUUACAUGAGAGCUGAACACUUGAAGAGACACAGUUACGAUCACACAGGAGAAAAGCCAUUUGAGUGUCCCAUCUGUCCGAAAAAGUUCACUCGGCAUGAUAGACUCAUUAAACAUUCCUUAGUUCAUGAUAAGUAGACAUAAGCUUUGUUGUGUAAUGCCCCUCAUCAAAGAUGGUAUGGUAUAGUGUGUUGCUAAUGUCUAUCAGAAAGUAGGUAACUUAACUUUCUUCCCACUCUCAUAACACUUCAUAAAAAAUAUUGGCCUGACAUAUCAGUGUUGUUUUUCACCAUUUUGGGAAUGGGGCUGGGUAACUUUGGAUUGGGAAACAUUGCUGCGUUUUACCUAAAUUUGGGAUAUCACUUGUUAGUAUUGUUUUUGUUUUGCUAACAAAUACUUGAAAAUUGAGAAUAAAUGGUGUUUUCAAUAUAAUAUUUUCUUAGAUUCAACUUAUAAAGCUGGACGGGAGAUGAACUAAAUUUUAAGAUCUUAUUAUUUUUUUGGAAACCUUCAAUUGGAAAUUUACAGGUCCAAUUUGUGAUAUAUAUUUUCCAUUGGUCCAUAUACCGUCCCCUAAUUUGAAAGAACAAAAAACACUGCAUAUAUCUAAGUCACUUUCAAUUAUAAGCCGAAACCAUUCAUGGAACUGUGAAGCAUUGCCUUUGAACAAUCAAAAACUCGUUUAGUGCACAUUUCUGCUCUCCUUUUUUCAUCAGAUUUUUACCAGUGUUCGUGUUGUAAGUCGUAAAAUUAAAUCAAAGCAAAGUGCAAUUUAUAUUCAUAUUGUCAACGAAAAGGUAGAAAUGCGGUUCUUGAUUUUCAAUAAUGGGUAUUUUAAGCUGGUUAUGAUCUUUAUUUAAGAAGUUUUAAUCAAUACUACACCAGACUUUAUGAAAAUUAGCGGUCAUUUAUCCUCAGUAGGCAAGUUCAGUUAUCAGAUAAAUGGCCCCAGGAAAUGCAAAAUUAUAGCCUUUGAUUUAUAAGAAAUUACCUGAAUAGCAGUGCAAUGUUCAUUUUAUUUUCAAUUGAUCCUAACUAUAUGUGGUUAUAAAGAGUGCUUUUGGCAUUGAAAGGGCAAUCAAUUUCAAUUUUUCGAUUUUAAGUAAUAUGAUGAUAAUAUAAUGUUUAAAAAUUCCUUGAACUUAGCAAUUAAAGCUUUUUUGGUCUGUCAGAAACACAUACGAAUUUGAAAGGAUCAAUAGAUAUGUUACUUCAAACACGCACAUUAUAUUCUCUUCAACAGUAAGCUGAAAUCAGGGUCUAUGAUAUAUGUCGUGUAACUCUUGUUUACUGUUGCUUCUGUUGAUGUUGAUAUUCUUGAAACAGAUCUAACACUUAUGUACAACAUUUAAGUAGAUAUUUUAUGAUUGUAAUAUAAUAUUCCAGUUUGA